GCUUUUGCAAUUUUUUGGCGAUAUAAGCCUGCGAAAAGCUCUAGCCGGGAUUGCCUGCCAUCGUAGAUCAGCCAUCGAAGAGAUACCCCAACCCAGUCCCACAAUAUGAAAGCCUUCAUCGCUAUUUGCCUUCUUUCGACUGCCGUCUUGUCAAGUGCGCGGAGAGGACGGCUGGGCACUGACCUAAAUGCUGGAGGCAGAGCAAACGCUAACCUCUAUGCCGGCGUUGACAGAGUUGGUCCUAGCGGAGCCCCAGGCUUUACCGCCUCAGUUGGUGGAACGGCGGGCUUGAACGUCGGUGGAACUGCUGGUGUGGGAGUAAGGAGCCAAGGCUAUGGUUAUCCUGGAUGGAAUACCGGUUUCGGUAGUUAUGGUGGUUAUGCAGGUUAUCCUUAUGGUGGAUACGGAGGUUUCGGAUCUUCGUACGGGGGCGGAUACGGCGGUGUAUACAAUGGUGGAUACAAUGGUGGAUACGGCGGUGGAUACGGCGGUGGAUACGGCGGUGGAUACGGCGGUGGAUACGGCGUGUACCCUGGUUAUGGCUAUGACAAUGGCUAUGGCUAUGGCUAUGGCAAUGUGUAUCCAAACAGUGGAUACUACACCGUGCCUAGCUUCACUAGUGGCUAUACAAGUGGCAACGCUGGUGGCACUGCUGGUGGCAGCAACGGAGUCUAUUACACUUAUCCUGAACUAUCUGGAACCUCUGGUUUGGGUAGCUUUGGCACGGCACGAGGAGGUGUUGGAGCCUCUGGAGUCACCGGUACCACUGGCCCCGCUGGUUCCGCUGGCCCCGCUGGCCUCACUGGUUUCGCUGGCCCUGUUGGCUCCGUUGGCUCCGCUGGGACCGGCGCCGGCAUGGGUGUUUCAGCUGGCAGUGCACCAUCUGCUACCACUUCAAGAUCAUAAACCCCCAGACACCGCUACAUCAAGAAUUACGGAGGUCCUCAAACAUGUCAUGCUAGAGACUUUAAAGAAUUGUGCUCUAAAAGCAAGCAGCCUUCGUCAGAUCAUGUUCAAUAAAGCUGGAACACGAACCCCA